AUGGCUUUAAGAACAUACGGCGAUAAGCCGAUAAGUUUUCAAAUAGAAGAAGGUGGUGAAUUUUAUUGUGUUGGAUCUGAGGUUGGUAAUUAUCUUCGGUUAUUCCGUGGAUCUCUUUAUAAAAAGUACCCUGGCAUGGCCAGGAGAACUCUGACCAAUGAAGAGAGAAAACGAUUAGUAGAUAAUGGCUUAGGUCCACAUGUUUUAUCUAGCUCUGUAUCUUUACUCAAAGCUUCAGAAGUAGAAGAUAUAAUCGAAGGGAAUGAUGAAAAAUACAAAGCGGUAUCUGUAAGUCAAGAGCUGGCAACUCCUCGAGAGGGUAAGAGCAAAAAGCCACACAAUCCAUCAUGGUUGCCAGUCAUGCCCAAUUCUUCCCAUUUGGAUGCUGUGCCACAAGCUACACCAAUUAGUAGAACUAGAGUACAUAACAAAAAGGUGCGGACAUUCCCUCUAUGCUUUGACGAUACAGACAUGACAGCUAUGCUUGAAAAUGCUUCACAAAAGCAAAUUCUUGUACCGAUCAGAUUGGAUAUGGAGAUUGAAGGACAAAAACUCAGAGAUACAUUCACUUGGAAUAAGAAUGAAUCAAUAAUAACCCCAGAGCAGUUUGCAGAAGUGCUAUGUGACGAUUUAGAACUAAAUACAAGUACAUUCAUACCGGCAAUAGCAACAUCUAUCCGUCAACAAAUUGAUGCAUAUCCGAGCGAACCUCCAGCAAUAUUAGAAGAGCAGUCUGACCAACGGGUUAUAAUUAAAUUGAAUAUACACGUGGGGAACACAUCACUAGUUGAUCAAGUAGAAUGGGAUAUGUCGGAAAAGGAGAACAAUCCUGAGCAAUUUGCGAUGAAACUUUGUGCAGAAUUGGGUCUCGGAGGGGAGUUUGUAACUGGAAUAGCAUACAGUGUUAGAGGCCAACUCAGUUGGCAUCAACGCACUUAUGCAUUUAGUGAAGCUCCUUUGCCGAUUGUUGAGACACCAUACCGUCAGCCAUCAGAAGCAGAGCAAUGGGCACCAUACCUAGAAACCCUGACCAAUGCGGAGAUGGAGAAGAAGAUAAGAGAUCAGGACAGGAACACUCGCCGUAUGAGACGAUUGGCGAACACCACACCUGAUGUAUCCUUGAGCCGCGCCGUCAACCGUCUCAUCCGCGCGGACGAAGCACUCUUCCAAACCACGCCGGAAAAGAGAAGGAAAAAGAUU